AUGAAUAACGCAGCAGAAAUCCUAAAGUCAGUCCAGAUUGGUUUGGACGUCGCCAUAUUUCUCCUUAACACUGAUCGUGGCCUACAAGCGACCGAGUUAUGUAAUGAAUGUUUAUUUCUACUUCACAAGCUUGACUCUGGUAUUGACCUUGAUCAUGAUAUCUCUGAUGUAUUAUUCAAUGCGUACUACGCCACGUCUGGUUACACAAAUGCAGCACGAUACACCACAAAACUUAUUGAAAAGAUUUUCCUCGCUGGAGAACUAACCAUACAACUGGGAGACAAAUACAAGGCAAAAUGUUUGUUUGCAGAGGCAAAGCAACUUUGUAAAAGCGCUCUUACCAUCAUGAAAGCGAUUGGCCACCGUAGAGAACAGACAAGGGUUUACGCGAGACUUGGACCUCUUUGUUUAUUCCUCAGCGAGUAUCUAAAGGCGAAAGAAUAUUGUGAGAAAGCAAUUGCCAUCGCGAUAGAAAUCGGCGACAGACAUGGACAAGGAAGAACAUACGGGUACCUCGGAGGUGUGUUUCAAUCCCUUGGCGAAUAUCAGAAGGCCAAAGAAUAUUACGAAAAAGCAACUGCCAUCGCGAUAGAAAUCGGCGACAGAAAUGGAGAAGGAACAACAUACGGGAACCUCGGAUGUGUUUUUCAAUACCUUGGCGAAUAUCAGAAGGCCAAAGAAUAUUACGAGAAAGCAUUUGCCAUCGCGAUAGAAAUCGGCGACAGAAAUGGAGAAGGAACAACAUACGGGAACCUCGGAUGUGUUUUUCAAUACCUUGGCGAAUAUCAGAAGGCCAAAGAAUAUUACGAGAAAGCAAUUGCCAUCGCGAUAGAAAUCGGCGACAGAAAUGGAGAAGGAACAAGAUACAGGAACCUCGGAGGUGUUUUUAAAUCCCUUGGCGAAUAUCAGAAGGCCAAAGAAUAUUACGAGAAAUCACUUGCCAUCGCGAUAGAAAUCGGCGACAGAAAUGGAGAAGGAACAAGGUACGGGAACCUCGGAGGUGUGUUUGAAUCCCUUGGCGAAUAUCAGAAGGCCAAAGAAUAUUACGAGAAAUCACUUGCCGUCGCGAUAGAAAUCGGCGACAGAAAUGGAGAAGGAACAACUUACGGGAACCUCGGAGUUGUGUUUCAAUCUCUUGGCGAAUAUCAGAAGGCCAAAGAAUAUUACGAGAAAUCACUUGCCAUCGCGAUAGAAAUCGGCGACAGAAAUGGAGAAGGAACAACAUACGGGAACCUCGGAGCUGCGUUUCAAUCCCUUGGCGAAUAUCAGAAGGCCAAAGAAUAUUACGAGAAAUCACUUGCCAUUGCAAAAGAAAUAGGAGACAGAGAAAAGGAAUGUUCAGGAUACUUAAACCUUGGAAACGUUUACUGCAGCCUUGGGAAAUAUCGUCAAGCUAAAGAAUAUUUCGACAAAGCACUCAGCAUCAGUACAGCAAUUGGACAAAGAAUAAAUGAAGGAUGCGCUUCCAAAGGUUUGGCAGCAGUGUUCACUUUUAUCAAGGACAAUCAGAAAGCAAAAGAACAUUAUCAGAAGGCGCUCACCAUCAGCAAGGAAUGUGGCCAUAAAGCUCUGGAAGGAAAUAGUUACCUCAAACUCGGAGAUCUAUGUAGAUCGCUUGGUGAAUGCGACGAGGCAGAAGAUUACUUAGAGAAGGCUCGCUCCAUAAGCAGUAGAAUUGGAGACAUACUGACUGAGUUUCACAGCCUUCUCAGCAUCACACAGUUAAAGGUAUCGCAAUUAAAGGUUGUGGAGGCAAAGGAACAUCUCCUUCAAUGUAUUGGAAAAUAUGAACAAUUGAGGAGUUUUCUUAAAGGAAACAAAGAGUUUGAAAUAUCCCUGUUAGAAGUGCGCGGUAUUUUUCCUUAUCACUUGCUCACUAGCUUGUUUUGCAAUACUGGCAAAUUUCAAGACGCUCUUUAUGUCGAGGAGCUGGGACGAGCGAGAGUCCUCGUAGAAUGCAUGGCAAAGAAGUUCUCCGUUGAAAGCCCCAUCUCGGCUGAUCCAAAAUUAUGGUUCGGGAUCGAAAACAUCGUGAAAAAGGAGAGUAACUGUGUCUUUUUGUACAUUUUGUAUACUGAGCGGCAAGUUUGUCUCUGGGUUUUGAAAGCAAAUGGAGACAUUUCCUUUCGAGUCACCGACAAAGUGAAAGACAGCACUCUCAUUCCUGAGAAAGUUUGGAACGUGGAGGGAAUUUUCAAAAAGAGCGCCGCCAGCUUUGGCGUUUUAUUCACAGCGAAUUGCGAAGAUCGAUCUUUGGAUGGCAACGUAACGACAUCUCUUUUUGAAGAGAGCCGAGCAACUUUGCGCGGUGACGAAAGCAAAGAAACCGAAAGAAUUCAUCAUUUGUGUUACAAAUGGAUCAUCGCUCCUGUGGUAGAUUUACUUACAGAGCCUGAAAUCAUCAUUGUGCCGUAUCGUUUCUCGUAUCGAGUCCCGUUUGCUGCCUUGCGUGAUGGAGCAGCCGGAAAGUAUCUAUCAGAGACUUACAGAAUCCGUAUCAUCCCUUCCCUAGCGACCCUCCGGCUCAUUCAAGAUUGUCCAGCGGAUUAUCACAGUGAAACUGGUGCACUUGUAGUGGGUGAUCCUACGGUUGGCCAGGUGUAUUAUAAUGGACGUGUCGCUGACUUUGUACCAUUGUUCUGUGCUAGAGAGGAAGCAGAGAUGGUUGGUCGACUGUUGGGAGUUCAGCCUUUGUUAGGAGAGUCUGCAACUAAGCAGGCAGUGCUUCAAGCGAUACCUUCAGUGAGUCUCAUACAUAUUGCCGCACAUGGAAAUGCCGAAAGAGGAGAGAUUGCCCUGUCGCCUAAAUGUCCUAAAUGUACCACCAACAGUUUUCCACAAGAAGAAGACUACCUCUUGACAAUGUCCGACAUUUUCGGAACUCAAGUGCGAGCAAAACUGGUUGUAUUGAGCUGUUGUCACAGUGCGCGUGGAUUGGUCAAAGCCGAAGGAGUUCUUGGAAUCGCUCGUGCAUUCUUAGCAUCCGGUGCACGUUCAGUGUUGGUAGCAUCGUGGGCCAUAGAAGACGAAGCAACGGAGCAGCUCAUGAAUCAUUUCUACAAGCACCUUGUUCGUGGAGAAAGUGCCAGUGAAUCUCUUCACCAGGCCGUAAAAUGGUUGAGAAGCAACGGCUUUCCCAAACCUAAUCAAUGGGCUCCAUUUGUGCUGAUGGGAGACAACGUGACGUUGGAUUUUACAUACAUCGGGUAGGUCUAGUUCUGAUAAGAAAUUUCCAUUAGCUACCUUACGUUACCCAACAUUAGCUAUCUUAGGGACUGUUCAGCAGCCGGGGGGGAAUUGGGUGCUGCUCGAGGAUUUUGGUUGUCUCCCAGUAAAAUUCACCUGAUCCCCUGUAAGGCUCCAUAAACCCCCCCCCUCCCCUCCCCCACAGAACCAGAAGAUUUUGAUGAAUCAUUUUCAAAAUUGGCCUUGAAUCAAAGUUGCUUUUGUGUGCGAAAUCUUCAGAAAUUAUUCUUCAAACGGAAGCCCAAGAGGAUGAUAGACAGGCCAAAGUAAAUGCAAUGAAAGCAACUUGAGAGAUAUAAGCUACCUAAUGACUUUGAAGUUGAUAGCUAUUUGAGCUGUGUGUCUAGCUACUUUGAAUCUUUUAGAAAUUCUGAUCCAUAUAAUGCUUUAGAGUUGAAAUUGUAUUAUGUUUGUUUCAGGAAAGAAGAACACAAGGAGGACAACAAUGAGGCAGAGAAGAAACAGAGUAACAACUGAUCCUGCACAAAGAUUAUCUUUCCUGCACAUUGUUUUUGAAUGGACACUGGUAUUAGUUUGAACAGACAUUUUUCAUUUUAUUGUAGAUAAAUGGUUAUUUUUUAAUGCUCUUGCAAAUAAGGCUGAAUUGAAAGCUAGUGACACUGAAAGCUGCAUUUCAGCCCUCAGACCUAUUAAGGGGACUAAAAUAAAUCAGCAUGAAAAAAUUGAAAGCAUGAAAUGAACUAAACGUUUAUUAAUAUGAGAACUUUGGUAAAGUUUCCUUUGGAACGCAAUCGGAAAACGCCAAAACUAAACUCUAACUUGUUUUGUGAGUUGUUAGGUAAAAAAACAGGAGAAAAGGAGAACAAGCAUUGCACAAAAUAUUACUGCCAAAGUCAAACUGAGGAGUAAAAACAAUUCCUAAGAUAUCAAUGAAACAAUCUCCCAGAAUUCAGAGCAGAAAGAUAACUGAUAUUAUCAAAAAGAUAGUUGGAAUACUGUAGGAAAACAAAAUCACAAACCAGGAAUGCAUGGCUUUGUUGAGUAUGAUGAUGCACAAGUAGCAGUUUUCUAUGUAUUUUUUCCUUUACCUCGGGGGGUUUGGUGGGGAGGUCAGUAUUGUCAUAUUUUAAUCUUUUAGAACUUUCAGGAAAAGGUAAAUGCUAAAGAAGUUGUUGAUAUGAUGUUUGAAAAUGUUUCAUCAAAAGGAUCUGUUAGGAAAAGUAUAAUUAGUGAUGAGAUAUUGUUACCGAUGGCAGACUUUUGUUCCUAAUCGUCAGUGGGCACUAAAAACUUAUUGAUUCUUAGGAGGCCUACUUAUUCUUUGGCCAACUUGAAAGUUUUUGUUCCUGUGAUCACUACACAUUUUUCUCUUAUUUGAAGUACUUUUGCAUUUCUUAUUUUUCUCUGAUUUUUCAGUUUUGUUAAUUAA